AUGUCUUUUCAAAUGCCCGUUGAAGCUUUGACAAUGUUUCGAAAGCAGAUUUCUGGGUCUGAUCUGAGUCUGGACAAAACAUGUAUUUUCAUCUCGGAAGAGACCAGUCCAUGCUCAGUUUCAGGAAAGUUCAAUCUUUCUCUGGCCCAUGAGACCUCCUUUAAGAGCAUCAAGGUGAGGCUGCGGGGAACCAUGGCAAUAGCGCUCGAAGGAAUCCUGGGCACGGAGAACCGAGAGCAACUCACAUUUGACCAACACCAAGCGCUAGCGUCUUCAAAAACCAACUUCCGAAUGCCGCCCGGUGACCAUUCAUUCCUGUUCGAUAUCCCACUUCCAUGUAAAUUAUUGGAAACAGUCACCGGCCCGAAGCAUCAAUUCCACACGUACAGGGUAGAUGUUAUCCUUGAACGACGCCUCAAAAGCGACUUGGUGGUAUCACAGCCCAUUAGGAUUUACCACAUCUCCGAUUUUAACUCAAGUUACCUCAGGCCAUAUUGUCCACUGACACUUGAAGGGCAUACAGACAAAGGCAUUCAAUAUUGUGUUUCGAUCAACGACCGAAAUGUACCAUUUGGCUGUUCAUUCCCCGUGGAAUGCUGGUUUGCGCCCUUGUCAAAGGAAAUCAGGCUCAAUUCUGUUACGAUCAAAGUGAUCGAGAAGCAGACCGUAAGACUUGAAGCGACAGCCUCGGAAUCAGUGCGACACAACAUCCACUUCCUUACAGAAGCGCAUAGCCAAACAGUGUUCUCCGAGAGUCUUGAUUUUGCCCAGGGAGAACAAAACCCAGAAGACGACUCGGAUAUCGAAUGGCGGUUCACGCAACCAGUGUGUCUACCAAAGAGCUUGAAUGCUUGCUCACAAAGCAUCUCAAACAAGUACAUCAAAAUCAACCACGAGUUGGUGGUCACAGCGCAGUUUAGCAAUGGAGCCGAGCAGAAGGCAAGCCAGCUUAAGUCGGUUUUGCCUUUCAAGAUCUACAUGACACCACAUAUAACAAGCGACGGCUCCUCCGUCGACGGGCAAGACAUGCAGCACAUGCACAGCAGUCAAUGUCCACCCCCAGCCUAUAUCGACCACUACUCAGAUCUUGUCGUUCCAGAUGUCGCUGAUGCAGAAAUAUUUGAACAUCCCAUGCUUACGGAAAUUGCUUCUCCUCGCUCGUCCAGUGAGCAAAGCACGCCUAUUCUGGCGGUGCCACCCGCACCCCUUUACGAACUGGCUGUCUAG